UGCACCUUGUCAUUGGCUCUUUAAAAAAUUGCCUUCAGGGUUCUUAUUAAUAAUUAAAUAGUAUUAAAAAUUCAUAUCAUAUACAAAAAUGAGCCCAGAAUCUUCAUCAUUGGAGUCAACGAAAUAUUUUUUGAAAGUUAAAGUUCAUUCUGGUACCAAGUUGGCUAAAAAGGAUAUAUUUGGUCUUAGUGAUCCCUAUGUUCGUGUUACUUAUCAUCAGAUCAUUAAUGGUAACAGGCUUAAAAUUAUUAAUCAAAUUCAAACUAUGACCAUUAAAAGGAAUUUGAAUCCAAUAUGGGACACUGAAAUGGCUUUUAAUAUUAGAACACCUUUGAAAGAUUCAUAUAUAUUAUUUGAGGUCUUUGAUGAAAAUCGUAUCACACGAGAUGACUUCUUAGGUCAGGUACGUGUUCACCUUUCAGAUCCAAAUAUCAAAAUAAUAUCAGAUGACUUGACUUUUCCCCCAAAAAGCAAUGAUACCAACAAUACAAAUGAUAAUGAUGAUAUACUACCAAAUAAUAUUAAUACAGAUUUACCACCUUCUUUAGAAUUAACUUUUCCUAGCUAUAUAGCAGCCUGGGGUGAGGAUUACCAAACUAUUUCUAUCAAAUCUCAAUCAAAUCAUUCAGAUAUUCAGAAAAAUGAUCUAAACAAUAAUGACAAUAAUCUAAAUAACAAUAAUCUCAUAUAUUAUUAUACUGUUCAUAGUUUACCCUUAGUUGAUUCUAUAAUAGAGUUGGGCCUCAAGAAAAGAAGCCCAUUGUCCAGGGUUAAAGGAACUUUAAAUUUGGGCAUGAUUUUAGUAUCGGUGCCAAAAAAUAGAUCAAUUUUGACCUUUCCUCUUGUUAGUUAUGGCUCUUCAAAUUCAUCCUCUUCUCCUAUAUCAACCAUACCAACUCCCAUUCUCAAUGUUAUUAAUAACAAUAAUGGCACUCCUGUAAAUGAAAGCAAUAACCCUAUUGUGACUAAUAUUAGUAAAUCAACUUUUCCUCUUUCUAAUUGUAAUGAUCCUAAGUCAAUAUCUUACUUAAAUAACAUUUUUGCUCCCUCCAAUCCUAUAUCUAACAAUAAUGGCAGUUCUUUCGAUAAAUAUAGAGAUACAUCAACCGAUAGUCCUUAUAUAGUAUUACCCCAUUCACUUCAGCUUAAACAUGUCCAUAACAAAUCUAAUAAUAUCCUUACCAAAAACAAACUAAAGAGUGCCCAAUUAGUUAAAAAUACCGAAGUUUCACCUACUAUCAGUCAGGAUUUGAAUGCAAACCAAACUAGCACCAUUGGUUUGACUGAAUAUCACACUUCAUCAAUCAUCAAUAAUAAUGGUGAAAGUAAGAACAAUAUUAAUAUAAAUAGUGGUAUAGAGGAAAGUGUGUCAAAUGAAAGUCCAACAAGCUAUAGUGAUUUGCAAGGGACCUCUUUUUCUCGGUUUUCAGAAAAUGACAUGUUAUUGAAUGCACCUGUAGUGACUCCGACUUCCCCCAAUUCUCUCCAAACGAUGUACCCUAUAUCACCUUUUGACCUCGCGAUGUCCUCUCAUAAAGAUGAUCUAGAAGCUGCCGUAUUAUCUCCCCUCGUCAAAUCGAACAACGUUCAAAUCUCGCAAUUUUAUAUCAGCCAAAAUAAUAAUGAUAUUACUAUGAAAAAUGACAACUCCGCCAAAUCUAUCGGUUCGAGUAACGAAGAAAUGACUGAAAUGGGAGAGCCAGCUUUGCCGGACGGCUGGGAGGCCAGGCAAGACGCCAAUGGCCGCAUAUUUUACAUAUGUCACAGGGAAAAGAGGACUCAAUGGGAAAGACCUAAUUUAAAUGAUAUUUGUGACAAUACACUUUCUACCAGCUUUAAUUCUCGCAACGAAAAUGGCGAUACAUUUGACUUGAAUGAUGAUAAUAUGUUGCAUCAAUCUCGUCCUACUUCUUCCUCAAAUCUUUCCAAUCUAUCCAAAGAACGUAAGGUUUACAAUCUUAGAAGACAUAUCAGUGUCGACUAUACCAGCGAUUACCCCUCAAACAAUGUUCCCACAACAAAACCUUCCAUUUUAAGCCUUCUAAACGACCUACAAAAGCUGAGGGACAAAAACCAACCCAACAAUGUUGAACCACAACAACCUCUGAACCCCAGUAAUGAUAGCCCCCAAGAUAAUUUGCAUAAUUCUGAAACUGUUGAAACAUUACAAAAUAAUUCCCAAAAUUCUCAUACCGAUCUUGAGCAAAGAUCGCACGAAGACGGUUUGCCAUUAGGUUGGGAUACUCAAUUGGCGCCCAAUGGCCGCAAAUUUUUUAUCGAUCACAACGAAAAAUUGACUACUUGGAUUGAUCCUCGGACCAAUUUGCCUAGCCCUCACCCUUCUAGGAAUCAAUCCUUGCUCUCCGAUCACUCCAUAUCCAGCAUUUCUGAUGAUACCAUUGAAAACGAUUUUGUGGUGAUAGAUGGAAUAUCUACAUCUAAAUUUAGCAAUAAUAAAGAUACGAUUUCUUUAUCGAAUCUAAGUGUCAACCCAGCUUUCAUGGUUGAUGAUUUGGGACCUUUGCCAGAUGGUUGGGAAGAAAGAAUACACGUAGAUGGUAGAAUAUUUUACAUAGAUCACAAUUCUUGCUCCACUCAAUGGGAAGAUCCUAGGCUAAAUUUAACGGCCAUAGCUGGACAAGCGGUUCCUUACUCUCGAGAUUACAAAAGGAAAUAUGAAUAUUUUAAAUCUUGCCUGCCUAAACCAAAAUUAUCCCACCCUUCAUCGUCAACUAACAAUAAUAGUUCGCUAACACAGCUGGCGAAUCAAUUAGCCUCGGCCCAUUUAUCGAGCCACCACAGUGCCAUAAAUUCGAACAAUCCAACUGCGGCAGAUCAUAAUAGCACCGGUAGCAUAGCUAGUACCUCUUCCACUACAACUUCCUCCAUAGUUAAUAAGAUAGAAAUCAAAGUAUCGAGGGACCGAAUACUCGAGGAUUCUUUUCGGAUUAUCAUGGGACUCAAACCCGAUUAUUUAAAACAUAAACUCUGGAUUCAAUUUCAGGGCGAGGCCGUCAUGGAUUAUGGCGGCGCGGCCAGGGAAUGGUUUUUCUUGCUUUCACGACAAAUAUUUAACCCCUAUUACGGCCUUUUCGAAUAUUCGGCGGUCGAUAAUUAUACGCUUCAAAUAAAUCCGAAUUCCAAGCAACUCAUAGAUUACGACGCGAACUCUAAUAACAACUCUAAAGUUAAUACUAGUGUUAAUGGUAAAAGUAUUAAAAAUAAUAAUGGUGGAAAUGGUAGUGGAAAUAAGGCCGGAUCGAGCGGUAAAGGCGGGCUAAACAAAAAUAAAGCCUGCAACAACUUGCACUUGAAAUAUUUUAAAUUUUUCGGGCGGAUAGCCGGGAUGGCGGUUUAUCAUGGAAAAUUAUUGGACUCCGCUUUUUUCAUAAGACCAUUUUACAAAAUGAUGCUAGGCAAACGAAUAAUGUUAAGAGACAUGGAGUCUGUCGACUCCGAAUACUACAAAUCGUUAUGUUGGAUAAGGGACAAUGAUCCUAAAGAUUUAGGCCUCACCUUUUCUAUAGACGAAUCCUUUUUAGGAGAAACACAACAUUACGAACUAAAACCUGGCGGAGCCAACAUUCCACUUAAAAAUGAUAAUAAAGUUGAAUACAUUCACCUGGUCAUCCAGUGGAGGUUCGUAAGUAGGAUUCAAGCUCAGAUGCAUUCCUUUAUGCAAGGAUUCAAUGAAUUUAUACCUAAUCAUCUAAUUAAACUGUUCGACGAGAAUGAAAUUGAACUCUUAUUAUGUGGAUUAGGCGAUAUCGAUGUUAAAGAUUGGAAAGAAAAUACUAUAUACAAAGGGGAAUAUCAUCAAAACCAUAUUCUAAUCCAAUGGUUUUGGAGAGUAAUCCUUUCGAUGAACAAUGAAAUGAGAGCUCGUCUUUUACAAUUCGUAACCGGUACAUCUCGAGUGCCUAUGAACGGAUUUAAAGAAUUAUACGGCAGCAAUGGCCCCCAAAAGUUUUGUAUAGAAAAAUGGGGAAGCUCUCAAAACUUUCCCAGAGCUCACACUUGUUUUAACCGGUUAGAUCUGCCAUUUUACAAUAGCUACGAAGAAUUAAAGAUAAAAUUGAUCGCGGCUCUAGAAAAUGCGAAAGGCUUUGGGGGUGUUGAUUAAAUACACGAACGACUUUGUAAAUGUCCAGAAUUAUCUAAACUAAUGGGAUUUUUUAUAAAAUUUAUUUUUUUUUAAAAAAAAAAAUUUAAUAAAAUUAUUAUCAUUAUAAAGAAAGCUCAAUUUUUCAAAAAAAAAUGUAUUUAAAAAUUAUAUAUAUUUUUUUUUUAUAUAAUAUUACCAUAUUGACAGAAUGAUUAUUUAUUUUGCGAAACGAUUAUCAUAAAAAAAUGAUACUAUAUGCUAUUAAGUAAUGUUAAACGGUUCGAUUAAGAUUUUAGCCAAAAUAAUAUUACGCAAGCCUCGAGAUUUUGCUAAUAGAUGUCCAAACCUUUCUGCCAUCUAUGAGCAAAAUCUCCAGACUUUGCAUAAUAUUUUUUGUUUAAAAUAUUGGGUUAGCCGUUUAACAACGCUAUUAUUAAGAAUUAACAAAACACCUCUUUACGGCGCAGUAUUAUUACAUAUGAGACUGAUUAUAGUUUUAUUACUAAGUUAAUUCAAUUAAAAUUUCUUUUUUUUAAAAAAAUAUUAUACAUAAUAUAAUAACAUUUUUUGUCAUUAUGGGCCAUAUUGUCCUAAAAGUAUUUAUAAAAUUAUACCAGCACAUAGUCGUUAAAUUUUUUU